CCCUCUAUCAGGUGAAGUCAGGACGCUUGGUCGGACUCUCGCUCGGAGGCUGCAGCCGUUUAAGCGGACUGACAGCUGACUUUAGCUCGGGUCGGGUUGGCCCGCUGAGUGCGUUAUCCUUCCUUCCCACAAACAAAACACCGCGAUGGCGGCCGCGGAUCCCCGGUCCUCGAGUGACGGCGGGCCGGCCAGCCGAGGAGGAUUCCCGGCCGGGGAGAGCAGCAACGACCGCGACGGGCCGGGCGGCAGUGGCGGCGGGGAGAACGACCGGGACCGGGCCACCUUCGAGUGCAACAUCUGCCUGGACACCGCCCGGGACGCUGUCAUCAGUAUGUGCGGCCACUUGUUCUGCUGGCCCUGCCUUCAUCAAUGGCUGGAGACUCGGCCCAGCCGGCAGCAGUGUCCCGUGUGCAAAGCGGGCAUCAGCAGAGAGAAGGUCAUCCCGCUGUACGGCAGAGGGAGCUCCAGCCAGGAGGACCCCCGGUUGAAAACUCCCCCUCGGCCUCAGGGACAGAGAACAGAGCCUGAGAGCAGAGGAGGGAUGUUUCAGGGUUUCGGGGACGCAGGCUUUCACAUGUCUUUUGGCAUCGGUGCUUUCCCCUUCGGCUUCUUCACGACAGUCUUUAACACCAACGACCCGUUUCACAGAGCAGAUCAGUAUGCAGGUGAUCACCACGGCAACGGGAACCUCAACAACGGCAAUAACAACUGGCAGGACUCGCUGUUCCUGUUCGUGGCCAUCUUCUUCUUCUUCUGGCUGCUGAGCGUGUGAUGGAUCUGUGGAUGGAUGAGUGAAUGAGAGUGAAUGAUUGACUGGGAGAAGGGAGCGCAAAAACACAAACUUAACUCGACGCACAUGUACGUACAAACACACACACACACACACACACACGCUCACCUGUAAGAGAGCAGAGCUUUGAUCCCAAAACAGUUAAUAACAGCAGAAUUUGUUUACUCCUCCUCCUCAUCAUGAUAUCAGUCUGAAAUCUCUGCCCCUCGACUUUAUUUUGCCCCCCCCCCCGAAGCGGGGGGCAGCGUGAAUCGGCGAGUCCGUCACGCCGGAACGCCCCCCCCCCCCCCCCCCCCCCCCCCCCCCACACACACACACACACACACACACACACACACCCCUGCAGGUACACAGUCUCCAGUUGGGAGUGAGACAGUAUUACGUGGUGGCGAUGAGCUGUGUGAGCUGUGUGAAAGCUUCCUGCCGGUCUGAAUGAGGCGCAGAGGAAUGUUCUGUCUGAGACCCGGCGGGGUUCGAACGGGCCGCCGUAGCAGGUGAAGCUUUCUCCAAAAAAGGCCAAAGAUUAGCGGACCGACCGGGCGGGACGUCUGCGCGAAGAAGCCCCCGUUUACAGUUCCCCCUGGUGAAAUGUUCUCCCAGAGCGCCACACAGACCGCGGGAUGCAUUUUUCUAUACAUUUGUCUUAAAAAAAAAAAAAGAAAAGGAAAAAAUAAGAACAAACUGCCAUUGCACUGUGACGUUGGCGUGAGUGUGUGCCGGUGUUAACCACUUCUGUCCUCGUUGGUUCUCUCUGUGUUACUAACCUGGAUCAUCUGGCCAGUUUGGUAGUUUUCUGUGUGAACAGUGUGUGUUUUACAGAAGAAGCUCUGGAACAGCAGAAACUGUCCUGUCUUUAAAGCGAUCACAACCUGCACUGCAGGCUUAGGAGUCGAACCGGGGUCCCCACAGUCCGAGGAGGCUGAUCCCCAUGAAGCAGCGGGAUUUCAUAUUGAGAAGUGAAAGAUGAAAAGAACACAAGGCAUUCGCAGGUGAACUGAACGGUGUCCCCGCCCCCCCGCCGUGUGAAUAUUAAAACACUUCCUGGUUUUUUUUUUUUUUUUUGUUUGUUUUGAUUGUGUGUGUGUCUGAGCGCGUGUUCACAUUAUAUAUUUGUAUAUAUGAAUAUUGUAAAUGCUGUUUUUACGUGUUUCUGACUGGAAGACCAGCCGUGGAGCGUAGAGAGGACGAGAUGCGAGCGUUGGCCUCGUCAAGUUUUUUGUAACUUCUUUUGUUUAAAAAAAAAAAAGAAAAGAAAAGGAGCCUGAGUUAAUUAAUCCUCUCCCCACAAAGUUGAAAUAAAUGUCACCAGAGAGAGAAGAAAAA